CUUUAUUAUCCUCAGAGAGGACUUCUUUGAGGUAUUACUGCUAUAGAAAAAAGUUAUCAGUUUCAGAAUUAGAUCGGCAUGUUUUCAGUAUUUGCGAACGAAACACAUGAUAUUGACAAGCCUAAACCAAUAAGUCUGAGACUUGAUGAUAUUCGAUCUGCUCUCCCAGAGAUCAUCCGAAUCAAUAGAUUAGCGCAACCUUCACCGAACGACGGCAAUGAAUCAAAUGAUAAUGAUAAAGUUAUAGAGCAGAAUGUGCUACGCCUCGAAACACCUACUUCAGAAUUAUUUGAUAUCUUCCCUAGAGAAGGUGUGAAUAGAGAUAUUGACGUACAGAUGGAAGACGUAACAACUGUACGUUCCGAUGGCAAUCCGCUUUUAUUGAGCCUAAGCAACUUGGGUUUAAGCUCAAACGCCCUCACAGAAACAGCUUUAAAAUUUGAUUUGAGCGAGUAUAAAAGGAGGAGGCACAUAUUAGGAAGCCGAUCGUUUAGAGCAAUAGAAGCAGCAGCGACAGCCGAGCCGAUGGAUGGUGUUGUGAAUAACGGGGAACGAGAGCGAGAGCGAGAACAGGAAAUUCAGUUGCAAACUGAUACGCUUGCCGAUGGAGUACCGCAAGCAUCUCCAUCAGUCAGAAGUAUGAAUAUCUCUACAUCUGCUGUUGAAGUAGCACCGGUAUUGACACCAUCUACGGCUGCUAUUGGCUCGGAACAAUCAGCACCUAAAACCACAGCACUUCAACAAGCUUCUCAAACAGCAACAACAUCAGCGCCUAUCACUAAAGACACUGCAGUGAUUAAUACGACGGAGUCGCACACAGCCAUCGCGUCGUUACCGUCAGUCCCAACUGAAGCUGACGAUACACUUAAAGAACAAAUAAAUUUACUCUACAAAGACGAGAAUAUCACCGAAGACCUCUCGAAACAAACAACAGCAACAACAAAAAUAUACAUGUACCAACCUCAUAUCAUCCCUAUUUUUGCUACAUCACAACAGAGAAACUUUGUUGAUGCAAACCUCGCAAAGGGACUUACAGUUCAAUGGAAAAAUCAAUGCCACGAAAUAAUUGACUAUUUGAAUGCACCUUCUACUUUCCCAUUGAACCCAAGAGAUAUAAAUAUAUCAGGAAAGCUAAUGUUCUUGAAAAAUCUUCUAGAUUGCUUAGCCGACACAGACCGGAUGUUAGCCAUUCUAGUAAGAGGGCUAGAGGAAGAAAGCGCGCUAGAAAUAUGGAUGGAGCAGUUAAAUCUACAGCACGCCAAAAUGAGCAAUAUGGGAGAUAGCAGUUGGGAGGGUGAUUAUGGUAUCCUUGUGAAAACCAAAAGACAGCAAGAUUCAACGAGUAUCAAACUAAAGAGAUUGACAGAUGGUUUAGAUAUUAUUUUGUGUAUGGAUGCCCGUCUCAAUCAAGCACCUUCAACCUUUCUGCGAAAUAUGAAAAGCCGGCGUGGCAAAGUUGCUCCCAUUGCUUGGCUGAUUACUAUGGGUUGUAUUGAAGAGUAUAUUUUUCGCUCGCUCAUGGACAUGACAGAGUCAGUUUCAUUUGAGAGUGCGUUGAGACUUCAUAGUGAGCGACUGAAGCCUCUUUUGAAAGAAGCCAGUGCCUGGCCGCAGCAUGAGAAAUAUAGAGAUGAAAUCUUAACGCAGUUUGUGGCGGACCAUGUAGCGCAAUGGAUUCAAUUGGAAGAGAAAAGUCACCCUGAAGACUACCAGUUUAGAACUACACUUGAAUUACCUAGAGCAACCCAUAAAGCUAACUUAUUUUCCCCAUCAACCGAUGAAGCAACUGAAAUAAUCUCACAACCUAUUUCAACAACAGCAACAGCACAAAUGGCAGGACCUAAUGAUACCACUGCUGUAAUACCACCUACAGUGAGGCCCGCUGCACCUAAUACAGUAAUAACACCAUCAGCGGCAGCGACUAUAGUAGAGGAAUCACCUGCCGAUAACGAAAUAGAAGAUAUGGAUAUAAGUGAUUCAGAAGAAGCAUCAGGUAUUACUAUUCCUCCGGCGCCUGUAGUUACAACGAAAGCAACUACUGCAACAGCGUCUUCAUCAGCCGAUCACAAAUUUCAUAGAAUUCUGGAUAAUGAAGUAUGCUUUUCAAUUUUCUAUAGCAAUUAAGACAGACUCUUGUUCAAAAAGAAACUAACUUUUUCUUGUUGUAGAAAUUAUUCUCUUUAUUCUACAGCGAGAAGGAUAUUGCAGUCUAUGAACAUUUACUCAAAGAAUCAGUUGAAGAUCCACAAUUGAAAGAAAUAUUGGCUGCCAAAUACCGUUCGAUGCAUUCAACUUAUGUCAAGCAAGUGAAAUUAUUAGAAGAACUAUACAUCUCUACGCUCAGGGAAGCUUAUAAACAAUAUCCUUCCAAUCAAGCUCCUUAAUUCGUUAUAUCGUUAUGCUUCUUCAAUAGUUACCUAACUAUAUUACCUUUAUUUAAUGUCUAUAGCUAUUUGUACAUAUUGUUUCUAAUCCAUCGUGAAACGAAAAUUCAUCCCGCAUUAUCAUUUUUCGUAUACUCCUGAGAAAGGAG